AGCACCAACAAGGACGGGUUUUUAAAGGACCAUUUGAUCUUGCAAAGACACUUGCCAAGUACACUCUCUCAUACGAGGCUGCUGAGGACUCCGACAUCAGCAAGCGGAGAUGUGUGUCAAGUUUCAAUGGUCUUCCGUCAGCGAACAAUGCUACAUCGCCAAUGUCUUCCCUGCCAGGCGUUUCGAGGAGCCCACUCUCCCCGUCGGACGAGAUAGAGGAGAACAGCAUUGCUUUCUUGAGGAGGCAGAAUGAAGAGAUUUGCUCAGAGGUAAAACUUCUACGUACAGAAUGUGAGCAGAACAUGAACUCUAUAUAUUUGGAGCUCUUCAACAUGCGGAGGUGGAUGAUGGAGGUGGCAGAGAAACUUCUGCAACGAGAUUUCCGGCCUGGUACCGGAUAAGGAUGUUUCAUAGGAGUUGUUGACAGGGCUUCACUUUGGCUCAGCAGUUGUUUCAUAGCAAAGUGUGCUCCCCCCUGCCUCUCCCCACCUGGUCCCCCCUUUCACUCUCCUCCCUUCCCCCUCCUUCCUCCCGGCCCUCCUCUUGUGUCCAUGUUCGACCAUGCUGUGCAUCACGCGCAGCAGCAGCAAUAAUUAUGGGACUGUCCACCUUGUAUGGCUGCCUACUCGUCGUUGUAGGUCCAAAUUCACAUCAUAGCCCCUCGCCGCAUAGUCAUUUGUGUACCGAUCCACCCAAUAGAGGAGUGUGUCGUGGUAGAAGUCGUGUAGUUGCUAGAAGUGACAUGCCAAACGGAGUUAUAUAUGUGCGAGGGAGCAGGAGAGGAGAAGAUGGUGAUGUCGUAGAGUCCUCUCCACAGUGUCCACAUAGAUAUGUUCCGUCUGUUGAAUUGUUGGAUGGACUGACUUGAGGUUUACGGUUUACAUAAAAGAAUCUUGUUUUUCCGUAUGGUUUUGUCACCAUACGUACGGUAGUUACACUGCAUGGCGCUUUUCAUUGAGGAGCUGAUACUCAAUGACAAGGUCCAGAGACGGUGAGCGUGGCCCCAUUUGACACACCAAUUAUGUGCGUCUUUUGGGGCCCGCGGGAUGCGGAGACAUCUCAUGUUUUUGCAGAAUAUGUUUCCACGAAGUUGCUCACACUGUUCAUAUAGAUAACAGGACGAUUAAUUUGGUAGUCUUCCUUUUAUCAUUUCAUUCUUUUGCGAUUGUUCACUCCCCUCUCUUCCCAUGAACGUAGGUCCCAUUCACAGUAUCCUUCGUGAGUCGGCUGCUGCUACGUUUGCUCUCCAGAGAGUUUGUGUGAACUAUAUUCUGGCUCCUAUGUCCCAUGCGCGUUCACUUUUUUAGGGUGGAAGCAAAGACGGCCAGUCUUGGCUUUGGACGCCCAGACAGGAAGGGCAAAGGUUCUCCCCUUGUGUGCCUCGCUGCCGAUGGCCGAUAGCUUGAGGAGAGGAGAGAGGUGUCCUUUUGAGCAUUUUUGACCAAAUACUGAAGAUGGCAAUCCAGGAGGGAAUAGUACUCUGCGCCAUGUUGAGCACCGCGUUGUCUUUUCUUUAUAUGGCCGCAACUGUGCUCUCCUGAUGGAGAUGUUAUAUGAGGGUUGCAUGUAUAUGCACGUGUGACCAUUUGUAUACCCCUCUUUCCCCCUCUUUCCCCCACCCUCACCUACAGUGGUCGCCUGCUUUGUUCACGGCUAAACCUCUUUCCUUAGCAACCCCCCCCCCCCCUUCUUUCCUCCGCCCUGCAAUUGUGGCCUGGAGGGAUGAAUUCAGUGAAUUCGUUGGAUUCUUCUUCUCUUCAUUCUUCCGUCCCCCCUGCCGUACGUUUACUGAAACGCCCGCUGUACAUCCCACACGCUUUCCCAGCAGUUUGCAGCAUAGAGAUAGACCAGCAGCAGCAGCAGAAGGGUCAUGUGGUGAUCUGUAAAUUUGCCCUCAACCAUCACCAUGAUGACUUGACAAACAGAGCCACCUAUGAUUGACCAUAAUUGAUUGAGUUGAUGAGAAUUUGAAAUUGUUGUGAAUUUGUCUAGAGGAUGAUGACGGAGGUCAGUCGUUUUCCGACGGUGAUCGAUACAGAGAUGGUAAUCGAUCGAUCCAUCGCAACGUGGUCUUCUCUGAUGCGAGCAUUAAAAUUAAAAAUAUACGCAAAAGAAAGCAAAAUUUGCACGUACAAUGAAUUAACAGGCAAUGGAGGAUUGAUGAGCAUGACUGGGAAGCAAAAUCCGCCGACCUGUCAAUCACUUAGCAAAGAAAGAGAAGAGGAAAAGGGAGGGUGGAUUGGUGGUGGAACAAGCCACCGACUGAUCUGUGGCAUUUCCGGCUUGUGAUCCUGGACUGUGGAAGCUUGGGUCGGAUAUAAGCGAGUCAUUCGAAUUCUUUCAGUGGACCACAGUUAAUAAUUUUCCGAUGCCAGUGAUGAAUUCUUCUUCUUAACUGUCUUUUCAUUAUGGUCUGCCUCUCAGAGUUUUACAUUGGGGGUUCUGGGCCCCUCUUUUACUUGAAAUUUCGCUGUUGCCUCUGUGAUAGCGUGCAAACACUUAAUGCAGCAGAUAUGGGAUCAAGUGACCAGCAAUGGCCGAGGCAACAAAUGCCGAUAACUCUGCCUGGCAGGGAAACAGGCAGAAAAGCAAACUCCGUCCCUCCCACUCUCUUACCUUUCCAUGCUUUCUGCCUUUCACUCUUGUCCACUGUUCUCUUCUUUCCCUCCCUCCCUCGUCUCCUCUCCCCUCUUUGCUCCUUCCCCUCCCUCUCUCUCGCCCUCCACUCCCCUCCAUCUUGGAUCCCUCCCUCCUUGCCUCCUUACCUCUUAUGCCUGCUGAAGCUCAGUGGCCCUGAAAAAACACAAUGCAGGCAAAAAGGUAACGGUUUUGUCACGUGCUGACUGCUGAGAAGGGAGCCAUGUGUGUAAUAUAACUGCAAUCACUCUUUGAUUCGCCAAUGAAGUCCUCAAAGCACU